AUGGUUUAUGGUAAAAAUAUAAAACCUGGACAGGAAACGAAUAGCGUUACAUCAAAAAAAGUAACUACCGGAAGUUCAAAAAUGAUAACUCCGGAAGAACGUAUCGAUGAACUCAUUAUUGAAAUACAAGAUAGAAUUGAAUUUUUGAAUGAUAUGGAAGGUCUUGGUAAAAGAAAAGAAUAUGAAUUCACGAUGAAACAAGAAAUUGCUGCGAAACUUCGAGAAAUAGAAAAACUAGAUCCAACUAUUGCUAAAAAAUACUUUAAAAAAAAAAAAAUGUAUUUUUUCAAUUUGUUAACAUUGAUAAUUGUAUUUGUUGUCGUGGCUCCCACGCAAUUAAUAAGAGGGACGUGGAAUUGCUACGAUAAUAAAUGUGUAAAAGAAGAAAUUGAUUUAUUUGAAAAAUCAAUUAGUAUUCAAGAAUGUAAAGUAAAAUGUCUCAAAUAUGGAGGAUUGUGGCCAAAGCCAACAGGCCCAUUUUAUGUAGGCAAUACAACAUCUCAAAUAAAUGUUGAUAAAAUACAUUUUGAAUAUCAAAAUGAAGUACCAACAAGUGUGUCUACUUUAUUGACCAAAGCACAAAAUCGUUUUUUGUAUAAAAUAAAAAAAAUUGGUGGAGAAAAAGAAAUUAAAAAUGUUUUAUUUGAUGUUUAUAUACAAUUUCAUAUAGUUGAUACAAACGUAACGGUUUUUUCUACAAAUGUCGACGAAAGUUAUAAAAUUCAAAUAAUCCCACCGACAAGUUUAAAUAAAGUUCAAAUUACAAUUGAAGCUAAUAAUUAUUUAGGAGCACGACAUGGAUUAGAAACGUUAAGUCAAUUAAUUUUUUAUGAUGAUAUACAUAAAACAUACAAAAUGGUCGAUGAAGCCACUAUAUUUGAUAGACCAAUAUUUACACACAGAGGAAUAUUAUUAGAUACAGCUAGAUCUUUUAUAUCAACGGAAAAUAUUUUAAAAAUUUUAGACAUUAUGGCUAUGGAUAAAUUAAAUACAUUUCAUUGGCACAUAACUGAUUCUCAAAGUUUUCCAUAUGUUUCUUUAGCUUAUCCAGAAUUAAGUCAAAAUGGAGCUUAUUCGGAAAAUCAAGUUUACACCCAAGAUGAUAUAAAAAAAAUAGUGAGUCAUGGUCAAAGUUUAGGAAUAAGAGUUCUUCCAGAAUUCGAUGCUCCAGCACACGUUGGUGAAGGAUGGUCAGCAUUAGGAUCAGAUCUGAUAACUUGUUUUAAAUGGCAGCCAUGGAGAAAAUACUGUGUGGAACCUCCAUGUGGACAACUUGAUCCCACAAAUGAAAAAGUCUAUGAAAUAUUGGGAACAAUUUUUAAAGAAUAUGUUGAUUUAUUUCAAUCAGAUUUGUUUCAUUUAGGAGGAGAUGAGGUAAAUAUAAAUUGUUGGAAUUCAACAACCAGAAUUAAACAAUGGAUGGUAAAUCAUAAAUAUCCUCUAACUGAUUCAGGAUAUGUCAAACUUUGGAGCGAAUAUCAAUAUAAAGCAUUACAAAAAUUAAGACAAACUAAAAAAGAUGUUCAUCCUCAAGGAAUUUUGUGGACUAGCACUUUAACAAAUCCAGAAAAUAUUGGUAAAUACAUACGUCCAGAAGAUUACAUAAUUCAAGUAUGGACAUUAAAAACUGAUCAAACAAUAAAAUCCUUAUUGAAUAAUAAAUUUAAAAUAAUAUUAUCAAAUUAUGAUGAACUUUAUUUUGAUUGCGGAGGACCAGGAUGGGUUAAAAGUGCUGAACAAAAUUGGUGUUCUCCUUACAUUAGUUGGAGAAAGGUGUACAAACAUUCACCAUACCAAAUUGCUAAAAAUUUAGGAAUUCAAUUAAAUGAAGAAAAUAAAAAAUUAAUUUUGGGCAAACAAAUUGAUAAUCAUAACGUAAUACAUCGAUUAUGGCCCAGAACUUCGGCUUUAGCAGAACGUUUAUGGUCGAAUCCUUCAGGAGAUUGGAUUGAUGCACAAUUUAGAAUGAACCACCACAGAGAAAGACUUUCUAAUGAAGGUCCAACAGAAUUACUUCAACCUCAAUGGUGUUAUCAAAAUGAUGGAUUUUGUGAUUGA